CAGAGCGGUUUCCGGCGCGGAGGCGGCCAUCUUGCUCGGCGGAAACAUGGCGGUCCAACCCGGGGGCGGCAGGGCGGCGGGGUCUCCCGUGGCGCCCCCCAAAAAGUCCUUCUUCUGGUCCUGCUUCAGCUGUCGCAUCUUGGCCGGCAGCGGCUUGGCGGCAGCCGGGCUCUGGGUCCACCUAGGGGCCCGCCAGGCCUUGCAGCGAAGGAGGCCCGGGAGCACCUUUGACAUCUUCCGGAUGGUUUUCGCCGUCGGUCUCUAUGCUUGGGCAAUCGUAAUCGUCCUGGAUCCUGUCCAGCGAAAGUAGGACGGAGAAAGCGUUACUUCCUCGGCGAGGAAUUCCUAACAGCUACCUGGAGGCAACCCAGAGCGAAGGGGGAAGAAAAAAAUGUUUCAUUUUGGAGAUUGGGGUAUCCUGCGAAGCAUUAAGACCAGACAGAAACAUUGCGGCUCUUAAUCUUCCGUGGAAAAUGGCUGCUGUCGUUGCGAGUGUCUGUUUUUCCCCCCUGUGUCAAAACUGUCAGUUAUGAUGAUGACACUUCGGGACGAUCGUAUCCAAGGAGGACGGGGAGUUGAUUGUGUUCAGUAAAUGGAAUAAGCUGUAUUGCCAAUUCCGUUGUUGUAAAAUCAUGCUUGUUGGGUGAAUGGAAAAAAAAACACACACAACCACA